CCGGCCGGCCGCAGCCGAGCCCACUCUCGCGAGACUCGCAGGGACUCACCGAACAACCCUCGCGAGAGUUCCCUCCCCAGCACGGGCGGGGCCGAAAGGAGCGAACCGCAGAGAUAGGAAAAAGCCUCCAAGCCGAUGAUGGAGAAGAAGAGGCGCGCCCGCAUCAACCUCUCCUUGGAGCAACUCAAAGCCUUCCUGGAAAAGCACUAUUCCCACCAGAUCCGGAAGCGCAAACUGGAGAAGGCGGACAUCCUGGAGCUGAGUGUCAAGUACAUGGAAAGCCUACAAAGCCUUCCUCCUCCUCCUCUUCCUCCUCCGGAUUUCCAAGCAAACCAUUUCCUCUGCUGCUUCCCUUCCCUUUCUUCUCCUCCUUCUCCUUCUCCGUCUCCUUCCUCUCUUUCUUCUCCUCCUUUUUCUCCUUCUCUCCCUCCGUCCCCGCCAAGCCACCCUUCCUGCUUUUGGAGGCCUUGGUGAGCCUUUCCUUCUUCUUUUGGCCCACUUGCUUCGACACCAUCCGACCCCUCCCGACAGAUGGCCAUCCAGCCAUAGACACAAGAGAUAGAUAUCUAUAUAUAUAAAAGAGUGGUGGCAUCACGGCGACGCACAAAACAACAAAACUACAAGCCCCCCAACCUCGAAAUUUGACAACAAAAUUUGACGCCUCUAGGUUGAUACAACAAAAAGAAAAGAAAAAUAAAGUCCUAAUUAGAGAGAGAGAGGAAUAAUUGCUUUUAUCCAAUUGGUGCCAGUUAGAAGGCUAAGCUCCUCCAACUUGGUCUCCUAGCAACCCAAUAAAAAAAUUAUAAAAAACACCAAAAAAUUGAUACAAUAAAAUACUAUAAUAACAGAAAAUAACUAAAAACAAUACAAGAAAAUAAUAAAAUAUAAUAAAUAAAAAUAUAACUUACAAUAAAAUUAUUAAAAAAAUACAAAUAACGUCAAAUAAAAAUUACACAACAAUUUUUAACCAAUACCACCACCACUUUGCCACAGCAACGCGUGGCCGGGCACGGCUAGUACUAUAUAUACACUAUGAUAUAUCUAUAAGAGGAUCUUAGAGUCAGGUGGGAGCCCCAAAGGCCAUCCAGCCCAUCCCCAAUUCUGCCGUGAAGACACCAUUCGAUCCCUCCUGACAGAUGGCCAUCCAGCCAUAGAUACAAUAGAUAAUUACACUAAUAAUUACAAUAAUAAUUACAAUAGAUAGAUAUACUAUAUACACUGUAUGAUAUAUCUAUCAUAGGAUUGUAGACUUGGAAAGGUCAUCCAGCCCAACCCCAAUUCUGCCGUGAAGACACCAUUCGAUCCCUCCCGACAGAUGGCCGUCCAGCCAUAGAUACAAUAGAUAAUUACACUAUAUACUGUACAUUAUGAUAUACCUAUAAAAGAGGAUCUGAGAGUCAGGUGGGAGCCCCAAAGGCCAUCCAGCCCAACCCCAAUUCCGCCGUGAAGACACCAUUCGAUCCCUCCCGACAGAUGGCCGUCCAGCCAUAGAUACAAUAGACAAUUACACUAUAUACUGUACACUAUGAUAUAUCUAUAAAAGAGGAUCUUAGAGUCAGGUGGGAGCCCCAAAGGCCAUCCAGCCCAACCCCAAUUCUGCCGUGAAGACACCAUUCGAUCCCUCCCGACAGAUGGCCAUCCAGCCAUAGAUAGUCACACUAUCGACUGUAUAUAGAUGUAAUAUAGUCUACGAUAUAUCUAUAAUAGUUUCCUAGAGUUAGAAGGGACUCCAAAGGCCAUCGAGUCCAACCCCAAUUCUGCCGUGAAGACGCCAUUCGAUCCCUCCUGGCAGAUGGCCAUCCAGCCAUAAAUCCAUAGAUAUAUAAUAUAAUCUACCAUAGGAUCCUAGAGUUGGGAGGGACUCCAAAGGUCAUCCAGUCCAACCUCAUUCAACCAUGAAGAUGCCAUUCGAUCCCUCCUGACAGAUGGCCAUCCAGCCAUAGACACAUAGAUAUAUAAUAUCGUCUAUGAUAUAUCUAUGAUAUAUAUCUAUCAUAGGGUCCUAGAAUCAAAAGGGACCCCAAAGGCCAUCCAAUUCAUGAAGGCACCAUCCAAUCCUUCCCGACAGAUGGCCAUCCAGUCGUAGAUAUGAUGCCUCGCUUGUAAAGCUUGUAAUAGUUGUCUAUAUAUAUAAAUAUAUGUAUGUAUUAAAAGAAAAAUAAAUCAAUGACUUGAGUCUCUG